AUGGACUCCAGACGCUCAAAUAUACAGAGAAACACAAGCUCCGGCCAGUCGAGGCACAGAGAUGCCACUGAGAGGCUCAACGAAGGCUCUCGCUACGUCAAGACAUCAAGCAGUGAGAGGCAACGAGAGGUCCCCCUGGGCCGCAGCGGAUACAACCGAACUCGCGACUAUGACGUUGCGCCAAAGGGACGUUCCGGAUACAACUAG